CAGGUGGAGGAGCCCGAAGGACUAAAAGCGGGAUUCAGACAAGGCAACAAAAAAAAACUUUUUAAAAAUAAAACAUCAUCCGGUGUAUCGCAGAUUGACGCUUAAGGUCGCUUGGGGUGGACCAGCAUGAAGACGCUGUUAUCCAAUGUCACUUGACUAGCAACUGUGGCAGCAUGGCUUCAGGACCACCCUCCAGAGAGGACGGCUAGUGUCUUGUUAGCACCGUGUAGGAGGCUAACACCAACACAGCCAUCCGCCAUUCAGGACACCAAAGGUCUUUUCAGUUGUCAGCUCAACUAAAUCAAAAUGAACUGAACUGAGCCAGAUGUGCACUUGCCUAGUUAAAUGACUGUUAGAAGUAUCUGGAACCGUCUUAGAGGAUCUUUGUAUGUGAGACAUCUGGGCCCAGCAGAGUGCAUAUUCAGGACAGCAGAAUCACCAGAGUGCAAAAAAAUACAACAACAGUCGAGACCUCUGGACUGAAUCAUCAACCAGGUUCUUCCGCUAUGCUCCGACUCUGAGUGACAGCACACUGAUUUGGUGGGAGAGCAGGGCUGAGCGGCUCCUCCACAGCUGGACGAAUCUGGACUCUAAGCCAUGUCUCCUCUCUAUGUCCUGACCAUUCUCUGUGGAUUGUUCCUCUCUUUGGCAUACGGUGCUCUCGACUCUCACUACUGUGUUCCACGAAAGACCGUACCCUAUCAGAAUGGGCUGAAAUUGUUUAGAGAGGAGGGGAUCUGGAACUAUACCACCAUGCUGAUGAGAGAGGACCUGGGUGUGCUUCUGCUGGGGGCCAGAGAGGCAAUCUAUGCCCUGGACGUCGACAACAUCUCUGUCAAAAAGGCUGCGGCUUACUGGCGAGUCACCGAAGAGAAACAGAGGGAGUGCACGUACAAGGGGAAACAUGCAGAGGUGGAAUGUCGUAACUACAUUCGGACUCUGCACACAGUGAACGACAACAGAAUGUAUGUGUGUGGGACCAAUGCUUUCAGUCCCACCUGUGAUUAUAUGGCAUAUUCUGAUGGACAGCUGAGUCUGGAGGGAAAACUGGAGGAGGGCAAGGGGAAGUGUCCCUUUGAUCCAUUCCAAAGAUACUCCUCCCUUAUGAUCGGAAAUGACCUGUAUUCUGCGACAUCCAUCAACUUCUUGGGUUCUGAACCUGUGGUUCUCCGCAGCUCGGCCUCAGCUCUCCGCACUGAGUUUAAGAGCUCUUGGCUUAACGAGCCCAACUUUGUGUACAUGGACUUUGUGAAUGAGAGUGUGGACAGUCCUGAUGGGGAUGACGACAAGGUGUAUCUGUUCUUCAGCGAGAAUGCUAUGGAAUAUGACUUCUACAGCAAAAUUGUGGUGUCAAGAGUGGCUCGUGUCUGCAAGGGGGAUAUGGGAGGCCAGAGGACGCUGCAGAGGAAAUGGACGUCGUUCCUGAAGGCUCGUCUGGACUGUUCCCUCCCUGAACCCAGCCUGCCCUCCAUUGUCCAGGAUGUCUUCCUGCUUAAGCACCAGGACUGGAGGAAGAGCGUCUUCUAUACUGUUUUCACUCAGCAGUCGGGCACGUCAGACCUUUCUGCAGUGUGUGCAUACAGCGUGUCCGCCAUUGGAAAAGUUUUUAAUGAGGGCAAGUUUAAGACUCCCGUUGCAGUGGAGACGUCUCAUGUGAAGUGGGUGAUGUACAGCGGAGAACCUCCUGUCCCCAGACCAGGAGCUUGCAUCAACAACGAAGCCCGAAAGCUCGGUAUGACCCGCUCUCUCGACCUUCCUGACAAAACGCUGCAGUUCAUCCGAGACCGCCCCCUCAUGGAUGAAGCUGUACGACCGUUGACAGGCAGUCCAAUGCUGGUCAAGAAGGGGCCCACGCUGACUCGGAUCGUGGUGGACAGUGUGAUGGCGCUUGAUGGAGAAAUAUACCCGGUCAUGUUCAUUGGCACUGAAAAUGGCUACAUUCAGAAGGCUGUCAACUACGCAGGGGAAAUGUUCAUUAUUGAAGAACUUCAGGUGUCAGUGAACCCCGACCCUAUCAGGACCCUGCGCCUCUCCUCCAGAAAGGGCCAGCUGUAUGCAGGUUCUGAGUUUGGUGCCGUCCAAAUGCCGGUUAGUAACUGCAGCCGCUACGAGUCUUGUAUGGACUGCAUCCUGGCCAGAGACCCUUACUGUGCCUGGGAUCUCUCUGCUGAUCAGUGCUCACCAGUCUACAGCUUAGACUCAACCUCAGAUUCUGCCAUUCAGAGUCUAAAACAAGGGGAUGUCUCAAAAUGUCCUAAGCCAGAGCCAGUAGCAGCUGUGGACUUCAUCCUAACUCCAGGGAACAACAUUCGGCUGCCGUGCCAGCCAAACACCAACCUGGCGCAGAUCCACUGGCGUUUCACAUACCAAACGCUUUAUUCAAACAGCAAAUACUACAUCUACACUGGAGGACUCCUCAUUCUGAAUGCCUCGGCAUCAGACACUGGCCUCUACACCUGUGAUUCGGAAGAGCACAUCAAUGGCAGAAUAUACAACAGGACCAUGGCGGUUUAUCAGUUACGAACCCAUACUGUUGUGGGAGAAGAGGAUAGAACUACUCUAGCCGACGGGGUGACAGAUUCCUCAGAUUCAGUCCAAAGUCUGUAUACAACUCCACCGGUGCAAAUCCCAGAACCGGACACUGAGGAGCCCCUGCCCCCAGAGACCCAGACAGAGGCUGGCUGGAUAGUGAGUCUGAAAGUAGCAGUGGCUCUGUUGUCACUGCUGUCUCUGUCCUUGGGCAGUAUUAUCUUCUGGAACUGGAGCAGGAGCUGUUUUCGGUGUUUCCCGGUCUCACAAACCUCCAGCGAAAGUCAGGUGAAAAGGCUGUCGGCUGAAUACAUGCACAUUCAGAACAGAACUUCAGAGAAUAAGAUACUUGGCCCUGCAUCCGGAAGCCCUUGCAGCGCUAACAAUAACCACACUACUUUUGACUUCAGAGGGAACGGGGAACACCACUUCACACCUAUGGCCAACAUUUCAAGUUUGGAUGGUCUCGGGUUCAUCAAUGACGAGUCAGAGAUUUGACACUACCGAAGCAUUUAUUAAAUUAAAGCCUAUGACAAAUUAUCUGUGGGGUUUCUUCAGAGGUCUUUAUUCUAACACAAGUCAUGCUUAUUUCUCAUCCCAUAAAAUCUCCUGAAAGAAUUUUGUCAAAAAAACCCUUAGUUU